UACCCGUCGUAUGUCACAAUACUCUCUUCGAAGCCAGAUCAUUGCAUAUUACAACAGUAUAAAAGCUUUGCUAGAAGAUUUCCCCAGUGUGAGAGACAAAUACUUCAUUAUGGGGUUACCACAAGAGAAGAAAGGGGGAAAGGAAAAACUUGAGAACGAUCCCAGAUCAUUCCAUCCACGCCCCCGAUGUUUGCUGUCUGCUGAUGGACGAUCCUUUUUGAAUCUGUGGUUCAUUCCCCACCCCUCAGAAACGCUAUUUAUGUUUAAAAUGCUACCAGAGAAGGCUGGCUACAAAGCCCUGAGACUGACGCUGCAAAUUGUAGCUGCUUUUCAUGACAUAGUCUCGUACAUUUUCAGCUUUGCCCAACUAGGAAGUGCUCCAGGCUGCUUUGACUACCUCUGUCUUGAGCAUCUGACUGCAGACUGGGGAGGGACUGAACAGAUUGGAAUGGAGUUCCAAGAGCUACAGAAAAUGAUCGACAACCUUCAUAAUCCCUCAGAUCCAAACAAAGUUGCCCAGAUGCUGAGCUUGCACAGAGAAAUUAUUUUUCUGCGAUUUGAUGCAGCCCUACGACACUCUAUGCGAAAAGCAUUUUUAUCAUCUGGAAAAGUCUCUGCCUAUCAGAGUGUUACAGACCACAUCUACCAUGGGUUACCUCCCCUAAGUAGCUGCGUGGUCAGGAGUGCCUUUGCUUCCCAGCUCCUGCUUCCACAGCCACUGGAUCCCUAUGGUCACAGGACCCUGAUGCUGUUUCCCUGGAGAACAUUCCUAGCAAAUGGAGGUCCAUUCCCUGUCAUCAUUAGCAAUCUAAAUCCCAUAAAUAAUAACAUGCAGUUAUGCCUGUGUGGUCUGAAUGAUGAAGAUCGAAGAGCUGCUCAUGGGGAGCUGGUUGGGAUGCAGUUUGAAAUGGAGGACAUACUCCGGAAUAAUUAUGAAGUUCUGGAUGAUCACGGAGAAUGCAGAACAUCUUUUGCAAAGCAGGGUUCAGGAAGACUUGCUGAAGUAAGCGGAAAGCCUUCUGGAGUGCGGCUGGAGCUGCCUGAUUCAGUGGCCUCAUGUUCCUUGUUGAAAUCCUACCUCCUAUUAUGGAAACAAUUGGAAGUGUCCAAGACAGAAUGGGGAAGACUCAAAUUGAAGGCUGAUGAUAUCAACACAGUUCCUCUAUACAAGCAAUUUUCUGAAGUAUACAACGCUGAAAUUCUUUAUCCAGCUAUAAGAUCUGUAGCCAUACAUCUGGGUAUAGAAGAUGAAUUUGAAGGAUUUGUUACUACAUCUCAGUGUAUAUGUCCCCUUAAAGAAGUUUCAGAAGUUGAACUCAAAACACAGCAGCUUAAAAAGCUCUUGGAAAGUCUAGAAAUACAUAUGAUUCAUGAUGUGCAAAAGAAAAUAAACAAAGAGGUGACACUGGUUAUAUCUGAAAAAGCAAGAGAAGAGAGAAACCUUCCUACUGAGCUCUGGAAACAUCGCAGCAUGCAAGAAAACUUCUCAGUUACUAGGCCAGAAAUAGUUGAAUCAUUUAUACAGAGGCUAAUGGAAGAUCACCAAGAAACGGAUGCAGAGAUCACCAUUGGAAAAGACCACCUACGAAGAUGCCUCACAGCUCUAGGUUGUGACAUCAUGGCCAGAGAGCGCAGCAACUUUGAGACCUAUUCCAUGUUCUACGAAAAUAUCCUGCAGCAGCAGCAGCAGCUACUCUAUCAAAAAGAACAAGAAAUGCAUGCAACAGAAGACAAAGACAGAAAUGCUGAGUUGGGGCUUAGCCAGGUAGCUGAACUGAGCCACGAGAUGAUCAUGGAAAUAACAGCCCUGAGAGCUAAAUUUGCUAAUCUACAAAGAGAAGAUUUCAGCCUCAAAGAACAAAUAAGAAAAGAAGUGCAAGAGGAUUAUAGCACAUUAAUACAAAACUUAUUUCUGAUGUGUUUGCAACUGAAAGGAAAACUAGAUGAGUAUCGCUUAAGCAUCAAUCGAUGCAUGUUUGAGAUCAUCAGUGAGGUGAGAAGAGAUGGGGUGGACAAAAUGAUUGACUUGAAGAAGAAGUUUGGCUCCAUUAAAGACAACAGUGGCCUCAGAGAACAUUUGGCUCAACAGGGGCAACUGCAGGAGCUAAGGGAUGAAAAUAGCCGUUUGGGCAAGUUGGUGUGCAAACUGAAGACCAUGCAUUGCUGGAAAGAAACAGUCCAAAAAGCACAAUUGUCUGCCUCCUUGAGAGAGAUGGAGAAGGAGGCCACUGAAAACAAAAAAGAGUGUCUGAAAUACAAGAUGAUGGCGGAACAAGAGGUCGUUUUAUUUCGUCAACAAUUGAAGGCUGCCAGGAAAGCUCUGGCACAGUCUCAGGCGGAGAAUAAAAGGUUGAGGCAACAGCUUGACAAACAGGAACACUUGCUGCAAGAAGCAGAGCACAGGAUGAAUCAAGCGGUCCACAGAAGGCAGAAGCUUGAUCAGAUUAAGACAGAGAACUUGGAAAGGAUGCUGGAGGAUCUUGGAGAGAGAGAACUGAAACUGCGGUGCCUUUCAGCAGAAGCUGAUAAAUCCUCAAAGAUAAGGCAGCUUCAAGAAAAAAAAGUGAAAAAAGAAAUUCACCAAAUAAGAACCCGACUGAUUCAAGAGCGCAGUUUAAAACUGGAUGCCUUCCAGAAGGUAGAUGAGCUUCAUAGUCAGCUUUAUGACAUGGAAGCUGCAACAUCCCAGAGAAAUUUAUCUGCAGGUUCUGCACCAUGGGUUCAUAACACAGGAAUAUCGGUGUUCACAUUAACCAGGGAUUUCAAGCAGCAC